CUUUCACCCUUCUCAACAAUACCACACAUCAUCGCGAAUUGGAGCUGUACAUCAUCAAAGCGAAGGGAAGAUCGACUCAUCACGACUUGGUCCUGGAACAGAAAGGCCGCCGAUACGCGCAACGCAACGCCACUUCACCUACACGCACCACCCCGUCGCCGCCAAAAGCGGUCUCACCCGACGCGGCGCGCUUUUUCAACAUCGCUCAGCUUGUUACUUGUUCAUAUCAACUGAGAAUAGCUGUCGGCCAUCAUGAUCUACGUCUACAAACGAGACGGUCGCAAGGAGACUGUCAAGUUCGACAAGGUCACAGCUCGCAUCUCCAAGCUGUGCUAUGGUCUGGACGCAAACUAUGUCGACCCGAUUGAGAUCACCCGCAAGGUUAUCGAUGGCAUCUACGAUGGCGUGACCACCGUUGAGCUUGACAACCUCGCCGCCGAGACAGCAGCGUACAAGACGACCACGCAUCCUGACUACGCCGUCCUUGCUGCGCGCAUUGCCAUCAGCAACUUGCACAAGGAGACGCGAAAGACAUUCAGCAGCGUCAUCCAAGACCUCUACGACUAUGUCAACCCAAAGAACAACAAACACAGCCCAAUGAUAUCCAAACAGACGUACGAUGACAUUAUGGCCAACAGGGACCAGCUUGACUCGGCCAUCAUUUACGAGCGUGACUUCCACUACAAUUUUUUUGGCUUCAAGACCCUUGAGCGAUCAUAUCUGCUGCGCAUCAAUGGCAAGGUGGCCGAGAGGCCGCAGCACAUGCUCAUGCGUGUCGCCGUAGGCAUCCACGGCAGAGACGUCGAAUCCGCCAUCGAGACGUACAACCUCAUGUCGGAGCGCUUCUUUACCCACGCCUCGCCCACGCUCUUCAAUGCUGGAACACCUCAUCCGCAAAUGUCCUCUUGCUUUCUCGUCACCAUGAAGGACGACUCGAUUGAGGGCAUCUACGACACGCUUAAGACCUGCGCCAUGAUUUCCAAGACGGCCGGUGGUAUCGGCCUCAACGUGCACUGCAUCCGCGGCACGGGCUCGUACAUUGCCGGCACAAACGGCGUCAGCAACGGUAUCGUCCCGAUGCUUCGCGUCUUCAACAACACCGCUCGCUACGUUGACCAGGGUGGCAACAAGCGUCCCGGCGCGUUCGCCAUCUACAUUGAGCCAUGGCAUUCAGACGUAUUCGAGUUCCUCGAUCUGCGCAAGAAUCAUGGCAAGGAGGAGGUCCGCGCGCGCGAGCUCUUCUACGCCCUCUGGAUCCCCGACUUGUUCAUGAAGCGCGUUGAACAAGGCGGCAACUGGAGUCUGAUGUGCCCAAAUGAAUGCCCAGGUCUCGCCGAGGUCUACGGCGACGAAUUUGAGACGCUCUACGAAAAGUACGAGCAGGAAGGUCGCGUCAAGAAGACUGUCAAGGCUCAGAAGCUGUGGUACGCCAUUCUUGAGGCUCAGACGGAGACCGGUAACCCUUUCAUGCUCUACAAAGAUGCCGCCAACCGCAAGAGCAACCAGAAGAACCUUGGCACCAUUAAGUGCUCCAACUUGUGCACCGAGAUCAUUGAGUACAGUGCGCCGGACGAGGUUGCCGUCUGCAACCUUGCAUCGAUUGCGUUGCCCACCUUUGUCAACCAGCAUACUAAGGAAUACGAUUUCGCCAAACUGCACGACGUUGCUAAGGUCAUCUGCGCUAACCUGAACAAAAUCAUCGACAUCAAUUACUACCCCGUCGAGGAGGCUCGCAGAUCGAACUUCCGUCACCGGCCCAUCGGUAUUGGUGUGCAGGGCCUCGCUGAUACAUUCAUGAUCAUGGGCAUGCCCUUCGACAGCCAGGAGGCGCGCAAGCUCAACGUUCAAAUCUUCGAGACCAUCUACCACGCUGCACUCGAGCGCUCCUGUGAGCUUGCCGCUGAGGUUGGCCAGUAUGAAACGUACCAGGGUAGCCCUGCCUCUAAGGGUGAGCUACAGUAUGACAUGUGGGGCGUGACGCCCUCUGAGCUCUGGGAUUGGUCCAGCCUCAAGACCAAGAUUGCCAAACAUGGCCUUCGCAAUUCGCUUCUCCUUGCUCCGAUGCCGACCGCGUCGACGAGCCAGAUCCUCGGCUUUAACGAGUGCUUUGAGCCGUACACGAGCAACAUCUACACGCGCCGUGUCCUCGCUGGCGAGUUCCAGGUUGUCAACCCGUGGCUCCUGCGCGAGCUCGUCGAGCAGGGUCUUUGGAACGACACAAUGAAAAACAGAAUCAUUGCGCACGGCGGCUCGAUCCAGAACGUCCCCGGUAUUCCCGACCGUAUCAAGGCGCUGUAUAAGACCGUCUGGGAGAUUUCGCAGAAGGUUAUCAUCGAUAUGGCUGCCGACCGUGGUGCAUUCAUCUGCCAGUCCCAGUCGCUGAACAUCCACCUGUCAGCGCCAACGUUUGGCCAGCUGACCAGCAUGCACUUUUAUGGGUGGAAGAAGGGUCUGAAGACUGGCACGUACUACCUGCGCACCCGUCCCGCGGCCAACGCCAUCCAGUUCACCGUUUCGGCCGAGGAGCAGGCAGCGGCCAAGGCCGCGAACAAGGGCGCCGCGCCGAGCAAGAAGGUUAUCGCUUCUGCUAGCGCCGUCAGCAGCGCUGCCGCUGCUUCUGCUGCUGCUUCGCCUGCGUCUGCUGCUGUGGCCUCGGGGUCUACUACACCCGACAAGGGCGAGGCCGCGCCAUCAGCGACACUUGUAAAGAAAUCCGCAACGCCCGCGGCUGGCUCGACGGACGACGUCGCUGCCAUCACACGCAGCGUCGGCGGGCUCAAUGUUGAUGGAAACAUCACCGAAGACGGACCUGGGUCCAUGGACAAGGCGGCCGCAGCUGCUGCUGCCCCCGUCUCCGACGAGGGAUUCGAGGCAGCAAAGGAACGCGCGCGUUUACGGCAGCUGGAGAAUGACAAGCUCAUGUGCUCACUCGAGAACAAGGAAAACUGCCUUAUGUGCGGGAGCUGAAAGUGUAUUCCCUGAGUUGAGCUCAUGGCGACGGUGAUCACGCCGCGACACGCAACAGUCAUGCAUACCACAUGUUUCUUUGUACAUCAUUUGAAUUGUAU